AAAUGGCGCUUUGAUUGAUUCAGCAAAGCCAAAGCCAAAGCCAAAUUCCAAAUUCCAAAUUCCAGAGGCGUAGAGAUGCAGAGAGGGUGCGCUUCGUCGGCUCUGCCUCUGCGAGCCCGCCUCGUAGACUUGCUCAUCCAAUCUGCUCACAAACUCCAAGUUGCUCCGACCGUGAAAUAUACCGCAUUGUCAAUUUUUGCUCAUAGAUUCUACCCUCGUUGUUUUUCCAGAUUGGAGGAACAAGGCAAUGACGUGGAAAACUGGCUUUUACAACCCCUGAGAGAGAGCAAUUUGCAGUUGUUUGCGCUUGUUUCUCUAUGGAUUUCAACCAAAAUACACACUUCUCCUUGUUUGUCUGUGAAAAUAUUCAAGUCUUUGGGGGACAACAUUAUCAAGGAACAACACUACACCAUUCGAGAUUACUUGGAAGCAGAGGUGGUCUUAAUGCAGGUAGUGAAUUUUGAGAUUGGUAUGAACAAUAGUGUUUUUGUAUACUUUGAGGAGCUUUUACUUCAAUUCAAGGGAGUGGCAAAGGUUGGGGAACUUGUGAACUUUGAAGCAGGCAUGGACAUCAUGGAUCUGAUUUAUGAAAAGGAGACAUCCAUGCUCUAUACUAAUCCUCAUUCUCUUGCUGCAUCAAUCUUGGUUGCUUCAUAUGUCAUCACCGUUCCUAAACAGACGUGGGAAUUUCCUGUUGUUCCCUGGGUCAAGUUCGUAACAGGUUGCGAAGAAGAGGAUAUUCUAGAGAUAGUCAGAGACAUUCUUAAGCAUGUAUUGGAUGUUUCUUGCUAGAUAUAAGUUUCUCUCUCAAUCUCAAGGCUGAGAACAGGGCAACGUGUCUGGUUUUGUACAUCAAAUAGGAUUUCACUUGCUUGUCUUGGAGAUAUUGCAUUGAAAUUUUGGUUGAUGAACAAAACGACACACAAGAAAAGAAAGUGCUUGUGUUGGAAUCCAAUACGAAUAUAGGUCGAUAAAGGGAUAGGAAAAGUUGAAAUGAUGUAAAGAAAGAGGGGCCUUUUCUUUUCUUCUUCAUAUUAGCACACAAGAAAGUACUUUUAGACGCACACGGCCAUUUGAUUGAUUUCAGUCGAUGCCCCUACUUUCUCUUUGUUGGGGUGGGGUGGGGUCCCAUUUGAAAACAAGAGAGAUGCUAAAAUAGUGCUUCAAGUUGUCCCCUUGUGGAUUUGCUCGUCCAUAUUGAAUUGAACUAUCGGUAUGCUGUUUUCUAUUGUAAUAUUGAGUUUGGUGGAGUCUUUGAUUAAAUACUUGAAUAUAAAUAAUUUGUUGGAAUAUUUAUGUAUAAUUUGGUUUUGUGAAAAUUAGCAAACCGUAAAGAAUACCGUUAGGUCAAGUGGGCUUGGACUUAAAUACGAAUAAUUCAUGUGAUUAUAGCUAAUUGGACUUAAUACGAACCAAU